AUGCUCACCACUAUACCACCAACGCUGCACAGCCCGGGCCGCCCCCGGACGCCGGCCCAGGCUCCGCACCAGCGCCUCCUCGCCCUCUCGCCACCGCCUCCGCCGCCUGCCGCAGCCCUGCCCCGACGUGCCGGCCGGCCGCAGCUCUGCGCCGUCGCGGGCGCCACCAGCGGCCGCCCGGCGCCCCACCCGCGCCACCCCCACGCAGCCCUGGCUGCUCCGCAGGCACGACCGCCCGCCGCCUCCGCCGCCCGCCUCUGGGGGGCGCUCUCGCCGCCCUGCGGCUCCCGGGCCCUCGGCUGCCCUCGGCCCGGCCCCACGGCCACCUCCACGGGCAGCCGGCAGCCGGGCAGCUGUCCGUCGCGUGAGCGAGGAGCCCGUGGCGGCCAGCCUCCCGUCAGGAGGUCCCGGCUGGGCUGGGCCGAGCCCGCACGCGCCAGGGCGCCAGGGCGCCAGGGCCGACGAGGAAGGGCAGGGGGUGCGGGGGGUCGGGUCGACGGCGGGCAGGACGGGCCCCCGCGGUCGCCCCGCGCCUCUGGCCGCACGGGGCCGGGCGGAGGCACGAGGGAGGAGAAGGAGGACAAGGAGGAGAAGGAGGAGAAGGAGGGCCCUGGGGGCCGGCGUACGUUUGGGCAGCGCGGCGGCGGCGCCCGCGACCAAAAGAGGGCGUGUCUCGCCUCCCCGUCGGGGAAUCGAACCCCGGUCUCCCGCGUGACAGGCGCCCGCCACGUGCCCCGGGCCACGGCCCACCCGGCCCGACCCCCCGGCCGCCGCGUCAGCGCGCACAGCAGUCCCCCGGCCCGACUCGGAGCGUCGCGCCCCCGGACCCGCCGCCCCGCCCCCGCCCAGCCAGCGCGGGGGAUGGCGGCGGGAGAGAAGACGCCCGACACGUCUCCCCUGGAGGCGUGGGUUCGAAUCCCACUCCUGACACGCCCACCUUUUGGCCCGCCCAACGCGGGCUCUCCGCACCCGGGCCUGGACGACGCCCUGUCUGUCCCGCCUUACACGCCGCUGCGGGCUGCGGGCUGCGGGCUGCGGGCUGGCGGCGCCCUGGCACACGUGGCCCGGGACCCACGCAGCUGCAGCGCCUCGGCCCUCCCGGCCACAGGCCAGCCGCGGGCCGAAGAUGCCGUGCACAGGCCCCGCGCGGGCCGGGCCACGCUCCCACUGAGGGGCGCGCUCGCUCGCCUCCUCGCUCUCCCAGCCCCGCCUACAACCUCCCCCCCGCCCGCCCGCCGGGAGCGCGGGGUCCCCCAAGGCCUGUCCUUUUCCGCCGGCCCCCCAUUCUUCCGUGGCGGGCAGCAGAGCCCUCCGCGCGCCAGCCAGAGACGGGACCCACGCCCCGUCGCGGGCCUGGCCCGGGGGGGGCGGUGUGGGGUCCACCCCGCCGUGGUGGCUCCGGGGAGCCCUGAGCGCAAGGCAGUCCCUGCCUCCCCGGGCCCCCUUCCGCGCCGGAAAGCCGCUGCGGGGCCGGGGCUCCAGGACGCCAGCGCGCUCCCCUCACCGCGCCGCCCGCCAAGCCAGGCCAGCCGGCGGCCCGCUCCGCCCAAGCGCACCUGCCGGCCUCACCCCCACCGCAGCCCAGCCGGCCCCGACGGAGAGCUGCGGGCAGAGCUCACACGCCUUUCUUUGGCCUCUUGGCUUGGGCGCUACUCGGCGGCCCCCAUCUCCGACGACGACACCGACGCCGACACGCACACACGCGCACCCACCCUCCCCCCCCCCCCACCCCGCGGCACCCCGGGAGCGCACCACAAUCCGAGCUCCGGGCCCCAGCCGGCCCCCGCCGGCGCGCACUGCACGGGCCGGAGAGCCAUCCGCCCAUGGGACAGUGUCUGGCGGCGGCCCCGCCCCAGGGAGAGGGCGCAGGGUGAGCCGAGUCCGCCUCGGGGCCUCGCUGGGACCGUGGGCGCCGCGCGCCGGCCCGAGCCCGAGCCCGAGCCCGAGCCCGAGCCCUCGGCGCAUCUGCACGGGCGCGGAGCCUGUCUUGCAGACCGCGGCCCGCCGCCCGCCCCCGCGCAGCGGGUGCUCACCACUGGCCGUGCCGGGACGACGACGAGCGCCGCUGGGGAAGCCGUCUGGUGGCCGCCGCCACCGGUGCAUGGGUGGUUCAGUGGUAGAAUUCUCGCCUGCCACGCGGGAGGCCCGGGGUUCGAUUCCCGGCCCAUGCAGCGCGCCGCCCCCUUUUGGCCGCGCGCGCCCGGCUUCCUCGCGCACGCGCUCAAGCCACAGGGCCUGAGCCUGAACCAGCUGUGCUCACGCCGGGGGCCCUGCCCUCCUGCCCCGCCCCGCUUCCCCCUGCCGACUUGUCUGUUCUGGUCUCUCGCCCGUGGCCGCCAGCCCUGGCCGCCACGCUCCCACCCGGCUGCCCGCCCCCUGCCGCCCGACGUGGCCCAGGUCCCUGCCCGGCCCCACGUGUCCUUGCCCUUUUUCUCUCCAUGA